GAUGCAGAGCCCACCUUCAGGACAGGAGCUCCAGCUCAAUGGGCAGGGAGAAGAGCGUCCUGGACCGCCUCUGCUAUUUAAGCACCACACCCAUCACACACUCCAUAGCUAGGAUUCUUCUGCACAGCAUCUGAGAUCUGCUGAUCACUCAAGGAAGUCCAGGAUGUCGAUGGUACAGGAGUACUUAGGGCAGCUCACUCUGCAACUGGGCGGAGGGGAGCCCACAUACCCUACUGUGGUGCCAGAGCCGAACUUUGAUCCAGAAAAGGAUGCUGCCAGAAUCGAGACCGCUAUCAAAACUAAAGGGGUGGAUGAGCAAACCAUUACUGAUGUCCUCACCAAACGUACAUAUAACCAACGGCGAGAAAUCGCCUUCGCAUAUGAGAGGAGAGCCAAGAAGGAUAUGAUCUCAGCACUGAAGGGGGCGCUGUCUGGCUCUCUGGAAACGGUCAUCCUGGGCCUCAUGAAGAGCACUGCCCAGUACGACGCCUCCGAAAUCAAAGCCUCCAUCAAGGGUCUGGGAACAGAUGAAGAGUCUCUGAUUGAGAUCGUCUGCUCUCGAAGCAAUGCUGAGCUCAUGGAGAUCAAGAGAGUCUACAAAGAAUUGUUCAAGAAGGACCUGGAGAAGGAUGUGUGUGGAGAUACUUCAGGAGACUUCGCUAAACUCCUGCUGGCUCUGGUUGAGGCCAAGAGAGCCGAGCCCAGCUCCGUCGUUGACUACCAGAAAAUCGAUGAAGAUGCCAGAGCCCUGUUUGAGGCUGGAGUCAAGCGAAAAGGCACUGAUGUGAAGUGCUGGAUCUCCAUCAUGUCCGAGAGAAGCGUUCCUCACCUCCAGAAAGUGUUUGAGAGAUACAAGAGCUACAGCCCCUAUGACAUGCAGGAGAGCAUCCGCAAAGAGGUGAAGGGAGAUCUGGAGAUGUCCUUCCUCACCUUGGUUCAGUGCUUUGAAAACAGACAGCUGUAUUUCGCCAACAGAUUGCAAGACGCUAUGAAGAGCAAAGGAGCGAAGGAAAAGGUUCUGACCCGGAUCAUGGUGUCCCGAUGCGAGGUGGACCUCAAGAAGAUCAGACAAGAGUUCAAGGCUCAUCACGGGAAGUCUCUGUACCAGACCAUUGCAGAGCACACAAAGGGAGACUACCAGAGGGCCCUGUUGAACCUGUGCGGUGGAGACGAUUAAGAGCACGUGAAGGACUUGAGCUCAGAACAGCUCCAGACGUGGAUCUCCUGUGCCUGGCCUUCAAUAUAGACCCUACCCUGCUGCAGCAUCCUGUACACACGCACUCACUUAGACCGGAAAUAACCUCGUGUUUCCUUUAAGAAGGAUUGCAAAAUAAACAGAGUAAGAGCUAAAUGUGCCUUAUAUGGUUUCAUGGGCCUGUCAAGAAAAAAACAAGUGAAUCUGCUGAUAUUAGUGCCUUUCUGGAGUUCUUGCACAAAGAACAUUCACUUCAUUCACAACAUGCACUUGUAAUUUUACCCCUUUUCUAUACAACUAAAUAAAACAAAAUAAACCAUUAA